GAAAAAGGACGCUCGCCACAAACGCUCUAUUAUGACCGUAUAAAGAAACCGUGGAGCCGCCAUCUUUCUUGAAUGAAACAGACAGGCUGCUAACUUAGCGGGUAGCAAUAUCAAUAACGUUUAUUACAACACACAGAAAUAAAAAUAUCUCUCAGAAUUGUAUGCUGAGAUAAACAUCAAUCAACCAGUGGGAGAGACUGCACGACGAAAUCCGUACACUUUAAGAUUGAAGGCUAGCGACAUUAUUAAAAGCGUAACCUUAGCUAGUCUAGCGUUAACUACGAUUGCAAGAUACGGUCAUGGGCCGCUCCAGAAGUCGCAGCUCGUCCCGGUCUAAACACUCGAAAAGCAGCAAGCACAGCAAGAAACGGAGCCGCUCCCGAUCGCGGUCCAGAGACAGGGAGAGGUCCAAAAAGCGAUCGAAGUCCCGGGAGGCAAAGAGGAACAGACGCCGGGAGUCGCGGUCUCGCUCCCGCUCAACCACUGUGUCGUCCCGCAGAGACAGGGAAAGGGAGAGAGCCUCGUCUCCGCCUGAAAGGAUCGACAUCUUCGGUCGGACGUUGAGCAAGAGGAGUGCCCUGGACGAAAAACAGAAGAAGGAAGAGGAGGAGAAAAAGGCCGAAUUGGAAAGACAGAGGAAGAUCCACCAGCAGGAGAUCGAGGAGAAGCUGAUCGAGGAGGAGACGGCGCGGCGCGUGGAGGAGCUGGUGGCCAAGCGUGUGGAGGAGGAGCUGGAGAAGCGGAAGGACGAGAUCGAGCGGGAGGUGCUGCGCAGGGUGGAGGAGGCCAAGCGCAUCAUGGAGCGGCAGCUGCUGGAGGAACUGGAGCGCCAGAGGCAGGCGGAGCUGGCCGCCCAGAAGGCCAGAGAGGAGGAAGAAAAAUCCAAAAGGGAGGAGCUGGAGAAAAUUUUGGAGGAGAAUAACCGUAAGAUCGCAGAUGCUCAGGCCAAACUGGCUGAGGAGCAGUUGAAAAUAGUGGAAGAGCAGAGAAAGAUACACGAAGAGAGGAUGAAAUUAGAGCAGGAGAGGCAAAGGCAGCAGAAGGAGGAGCAGAAAAUGAUCCUGGGGAAGGGGAAAUCCAGGCCUAAACUCUCGUUCACUUUAAAGGCGGCCGAGUGAACGGCUCGCGG